GCAGUGCGCAAGCGGAAGAGGCUGCUGGGCCGGGAGCCUGUCCGUAGGCCUGCUGGGUGUUGGGCUCCGGGCUGCCCGUCUCAAUGCCGAGCCCUCGGAGGAAUGUCGAGGGACGUCCGCUGGGCACCUCUGCCUCGAGCAGCAGCGGCGGAGGAGGCCCUGGAAGCCCGACCCAUGGCAGCGGCGGCGGUGGAAGUAGCAGCAGCAGGUUCGAGUUCCAGUCCCUGCUCGGCAGCCGUGCAUUGGGUGCGGACCCCACCAGCGCCUGGCUCCGCCUGUCCGAGAGCCCCGUGCACCGUCGCGGCUCCUUCCCUUUGGGAGGAGCCAGCCCCUCGCAGGCACCACCGCCCCCCUUGCCUGAGGAGGACCGCAUGGACCUGAACCCGUCCUUCCUGGGCAUCGCCCUGCGCUCUUUACUGGCUAUCGACCUGUGGCUGUCCAAGAAGCUGGGAGUGUGCGCCGGAGAGGGUUCCUCCUGGGGCAGCGUGCGGCCCCUUAUGAAGCUGCUGGAGAUCUCCGGACAUGGCAUCCCCUGGCUGCUGGGCACCCUCUACUGCCUAUCCAGGAGCGACAGCUGGGCGGGGCGCGAGGUGCUGAUGAACCUGCUCUUCGCCCUGCUUUUGGACUUGCUGCUGGUGGCCCUGCUCAAAGGGCUGGUCCGCAGGCGACGCCCAGCCCACAACCAGAUGGACAUGUUUGUCACCCUCUCCGUGGACAAGUACUCCUUCCCUUCGGGCCACGCCACCAGGGCCGCCCUGGUGUCGAGAUUCAUCUUGAACCACCUGGUGCUGGCCAUUCCAUUGAGGGUGUUGGUGGUACUGUGGGCCUUCAUCUUGGGCCUCUCUAGGGUCUUGCUGGGGCGACACAAUGUCACCGACGUGGCUUUUGGUUUUUUAAUGGGCUACAUGCAGUAUAGCAUCGUGGACUAUUGCUGGCUCUCACCACACAAUGCUCCGUUACUCUUUGCACUGUGGAACCAACAGUGACACCAUCUCAUUCAUUAUGGCACCAGGAAAUCUAAAGGUUUCCACAUGUGAUCAUGCCAUCAUGCUAACAGAAAUCAGCAGCCAUCCUGUUUGUCCCUCUUAAGACAUUUCAGGCUUCCUUUGGGAUUUCAGGUGUCCUACCAUCUUGAUGGGUUGCUGGGCUGGAGCAUAUGCUGGCCAUCACUGAUCACAGCCGUAUUACAGAAAGAAAAAAAUUCCUCUAUCAUACAUUCAACAAUUGUUUGUAUCUCCAGGAAAACUGAAAGAAACCAAGCUGGGUGAUAAUUAAUGUUGCUGUUUUCUAAAAGUUGACAUCAGAAAAAUUGUGUUUUGUAGUGAUCCUUUACAUCAACAUAUCACUUGUGAAUUAAACUUUGAAAAAGAAACGUGAUCUUCAUUCUGUAAAUAUACAUGCAGAUAAACUGCAUACUAAUCCUAGUUCUUAGUUAUUUACGAGCCUAAGACAUAGGUUUUUCUAGUUGAUUCCCUGAAGAUGUGUUGCCUUGGCUGGGGAGAUUUCCUCUUAAUCCUGAUUUGGUAAGCUUUUUGAGUUCCUGUCUCUUCCAUCUUUGCAGACUGGGUAAUGAGAACAGAGAUUAUAGUACACAUUUUUCCUUUCCCUCUAGCUCCUCAAAAGAUCUUUAAAUUUAUAUAUUUAUUUUUCACUACUCUAAUACUGUCUUUUAGCAUUCAAAGAACAAGCCAAGAACUUACUCGAAGAAACAGAUAUGGCCAUGUCUAUAAUCCCAUCAAAAAAGGGAAGGAUAGGACAAUGGCCUCAUGAAGGACAACUGCUGAGGCAGUCAAAGGAACUGAGAGGCUGGAGGUAGGCUACCUACAUACUAUGCCAGUGGACCGGUAUGCAAGAGAUGGGGCCCUGCUGCCUGUCAUCUCUAGUGAAUAAAGAAAAAAUGUGCUCUUCUACUGAGCUAAUAAAAUGAAAAAAAUAAUGUGAUUCUUUGCAAUGCAAAAACAUAAGCUUUUUCAUAUAUACCACAAGGAUGAGCUUGUGUGUUACAGUUUUUCACAUGGAAUUCUGUUUCCCUACAUACAGCACACAUUAGGUAGCAGUGUAUAAUUUGAAAUUCAUCAGAGGAGUUAGCUGCUAUACCAGGCACAAGGUACAACUCACUCCUAAGGUCCAUUUACAUCAACCUUUACAUAAAGCAGUUUAUCUGUGGUACCUCCCCAAAUCUAAAGACCAAAGACCACAAAAUGCAGGAUGGACUGCUCAUUCUUUGAUCAGGAAAGAAUAAUGAAAGGGUAUGUGCUUUAAAUGCUGCUGUGCCUGAAAAUGAGAACUUUCAAAUUACCUAUGGAACUGGUAUUUCAGAUAAUUUUAAUGACUAGUUAUUUUGAGAUUUAUAAAUAGAAUGGAUUGUGGCCUUUGACCUUCAUAUAGAGGUGCACAUAGGAAUCUGGAGAAUGGCUGUGACAAGUGGGCUCUGAUUGGGUGGAAACAUAAACUUUCUGAGUGUGAGAGGCCCACUGAAAGAGGGGCAGCUCUUCAACAUAAAAUCAUUUGCAUUCCCACAACAUCCUCAACACAGACUACCUCUUCACUUGAAUCAGAGAAACUGAAACUGAGUGGUAUGUUUUGUUUCAUCCAUUUUAAUGGCAGAAAUAAUUCAGGCUCUAUAUUUGGAAGCAUGACAUUGCCUUUGGCAGAGUCCAGAAGUCUGAAUAUUAGGGGCUCAAAAUUAGGCCUACUUUCUGGUUCCUGUUCAUAAUUCUGGAAUUCCCUGUCUUAGCUGCUGGGGCGUAGUUUGCUGGUUUUAAAGCACAGAUCAAUUGCCCUAUUUUUGGAGCAUCUAAGUACUGUA